CUGGUUUCAUUAAUUUCUAUUUAGUAUCCAAAUAAUUGAUUAUGUCAGUUUGAUGUUUAUGUUUUAAAUUAUCCUGUAUUAGGUCUGCCGAAUUACGUUUCUUCAGUUUUUUCCGAAUCCGCUAUUUGCCGAUAUAUGCAUUCUCUUCACUAUGACUAAAUAUUUUAAUGUCGAUAUUGAUAAUAUAAUCACUGAUUAUGAAUUAUCCUACCAAAAUACAAUGGAAAAUUUUAUCGAUGAAAUAAAACGAAACAAUGAUAAUAUACUGAAAGUAUACACACAGAACAUAGAAGAAUACAGCAAAACAUUAAAAAAUAUCUCAGAUAUAAAUAAUAAAAUCGACAAGAGCCGUAAUACACUUCAGCAUAUAUCUGACAAAGUCAAAUGUGAACAACAAAUAUUACAAACAGAAAACGAUCGUUUGGAAUCUAUUAAUAAUGAAUGUAAUAAUUUGGAAGUUACAGAAAUUGAAUUGAAUGAUGUGCUAAAUAAAACCAAAGAGCAACUCAACAAAGUAUAUAAAGAAAAAAAAGCAAGCAUAAAAAAACUCAAAAGAGAAAUAAAUUCAUUCAGAAUUGGAGUGAACAUGUUUGAACGAUUUUUACAGUUGAGUAUGAAUAUUGAAAACAAUGAAAAAAAUGCUGUAAUCUAUAUUACUAUGAAAAAUUUAAACAAUCCCUCAGAUUACAAAAUUGUUUUUGAAGAAAAUGAUAACAAUUUCAAACUUAUUGACAUUAUUCCACGUAGCCAGGCAGUUAUGAAGGCAGCAACAUUGUAUAAUAAGAACAAAGAUGUCCAAGGCCUAUUAGCUUUCUUGUACAACACAAAAGAAUAACCAAUAUAUCAAAUAUUAUUAUAACAAUAACACUAUGUAUAUAAAUACAUAUUAUGUUUUCACUGUUGUUCUCAAACUAUGUACUAUGCUGCAUUUUAUGUGUUUUGCU